AAAAGAAUAUAGAGAAGGAGAUCAACAAUUUAUCAAAAACAUACACAUGAGAACGUGUGAAAAGGAAACAGAAAUUAAAAAGUCUUUCUAUUUUUAUUUAUAUUUAUUAAAGUAUAUAAUUCAUAGUAAUUAAUUAAUAGAUUCAUAUUGCAGCGUGAAAUAUGUCGAAUAAAUUCGAAGCUACUUGCAGGUUAAAGGCUAAUGAAGACAAUGGAGAUGAUGAAACACAGUCAAAAGAUAAUCAAAAAACUGAGAAAGAUUCACUACCUCCUAUAGAAAUUAAUCCAAAUGAGCACAAAUUACAAUAUGCAUAUGCAUUAUGGUAUAGUCGACGCAGUCCUGGUAAACAACCAAGUAUACAAAGUUACGACCAAAAUUUAAAAUUGGUUGGUAGGUUUGCAAGUGUGGAGCAGUUUUGGAGUCUUUACAGUCAUUUAGUCCGGCCAUCAGAAUUAACAACAUCUACAGAUUUUCAUCUUUUCAAAGUUGGCAUAAAACCAAUGUGGGAAGAUGAGGCAAAUCAAAAAGGUGGUAAAUGGAUAGUACGAUUAAGAAAAGGUUUAGUUUCUAGAUGUUGGGAAAAUCUUAUAUUAGCUAUGUUAGGAGAACAAUUUAUGGUUGGAGAAGAGAUAUGUGGAGCUGUUGUAUCUAUAAGGUUUCAAGAGGAUAUAAUAUGUGUAUGGAAUAAGACUGCAUCUGAUUAUGCAACAACAGCACGUAUUAGAGAUACAUUAAGGAGAGUUUUACAUCUUCCAGCAAGUGCCUCAAUGGAAUACAAAACUCAUAAUGAAAGUUUAAAGAAUGUUCAUCGGCUCUAAAAUUUUGUGAUGUCAACUCAAAGAUUUGAAUUCUUUAUGGAUUUUCAGCCAAUUGAUACUUGUGAGAAGAUAUUUAGGAGAGAAAAUAUUUUACAACUACAGAAUUUAAAUGGUCAUCUUAUUGGAUAACACAUUUAAUUCACAAGUAUCCCAUUGUAACUUAUGUAAAUAAUAAAUAUAUGUUAAUAA